AUGCCGUUGACUCCACUCCGCCCCGGCGUUUAUGCGCCGACGAUGACCUUCUUUGACCCGGUCACUGAAGAUCUCGACGUGGCUGCAAUUCGCCGCCAUGCGGUUCGUCUGGCUAAGGCCGGCCUGGUCGGAUUGGUUACCAUGGGCUCCAACGGUGAGGCCGUGCAUCUCACCCGCGAAGAGCGCAUGACUGUCACUCGCGAGACUCGCUCCGCUCUGGACGAAGCCGGGUUCUCAAACGUCCCGGUCAUCGCCGGUGCCAGCGAGAACAGCACCCGAGGCUCCAUCGAGCUUUGCAAAGAGGUGGCCGCUGCGGGCGGCGAGUACGCCCUUAUUGUGCCGCCUAGCUACUAUCGCUAUGCGGUUGGGAACGAUGACACUAUCUAUGACUUCUUCACUAGCGUCGCCGACCAGUCCCCCGUUCCAUUGAUCCUCUACAACUACCCUGGUGCCGUUGCUGGCAUCGACAUGGACUCCGACCUUCUCAUCCGCAUCUCCCAGCACCCCAACAUCGUCGGCACUAAGUUCACCUGCGCCAAUACCGGCAAGCUGACCCGUGUCGCGGCUGCCCUCGGAGCCGUCACCCCUCCCUCUCCCCUGGCUCCGGCCCAGCGUGCGGCCCCGACCGUCUCCAAGCCGGACGCUAAGCACCCCUACGUCGCGUUCGGCGGCAUCGCCGACUUCACCCUGCAGACUCUGGUGUCUGGCGGGUCUGCCAUCCUCGUUGGCGGUGCCAACGUUAUCCCCCGUCUGUGUGUGCGCAUCUUCAACCUCUGGUCUGAGGGUCGUCUGGCGGAAGCUAUGGAGGCUCAGCAGCAGCUCAGCGCGGCCGACUGGGUCCUCACCAAGGCUGCCAUUCCUGGUACCAAGUCGGCUAUCCAGUCGUACUACGGCUAUGGCGGGUUCCCCCGACGACCUCUAGCUCGUCUCAGCGAUGCUCAGGCCAAGGAGGUCGCCGACAAGAUCAAGGACGCCAUGGAUGUGGAAUUGAACAUCCUGAAGGAUGCGGCGUAA